AUGUCUGGGUGGGACGAAGGAGCAGUGUACUACAGCGACCAGCCACAAUUCCCGGAGGCCGGAGACGCCACCACCGUCAGUCCCCAUGCCGUCUUGACGAAAUUCAAGGAAUUCAUUAGAAAUUUCGAGAUCGAGCAGAAUUGUUUCCCUUAUAGAGAAGCCCUCCUCGAUAACCCUAAAAGACUUCUUGUUCACCUUGAAGAUCUACUUGCAUUCGAUUCCGAUCUCCCUUCUUUGAUCCGAUCUGCUCCUGCCGAUUUUCUCCCCGUGUUCGAGAAAGCAGCUGGUGAAGUUCUCGCUGGAUUGAAAAUGAGAGAUGCUAGAGAGACAGGAGAAAUGGAGGAGCCUUCGACAACUGAUGUGCAGAUUUUACUGACUUCAAGAGAGGAUCCAGUGUCAAUGCGAUUACUUGGGGCACAGUACAUCUCAAAAUUGGUUAAAAUCUCUGGGAUUAGCAUUGCAGCUUCUAGAGUGAAGGCAAAGGCGACUUACGUCUUUUUAGUAUGUAAGAAUUGUAGAAAAACGAGGGAAGUUCCAUGUCGCCCAGGUCUUGGUGGGGCCAUUGUUCCUCGAUCGUGUGAUCAUAUUCCUCAGCCUGGAGAAGAACCUUGUCCUCUUGAUCCGUGGAUGGUGGUUCCUGAUAGGAGCCAGUAUGUUGAUCAGCAGACAUUAAAAUUACAGGAGAACCCGGAGGAUGUUCCUACUGGAGAGCUUCCCAGAAAUAUGCUUCUCUCAGUUGAUCGGCAUCUUGUACAAUUAAUCGUACCUGGAACCAGACUGACAGUAAUGGGUAUCUACAGCAUUUUCCAAGCUUCGUCAUCAUCUAACUCGCACAAAGGAGCAGUUGCAAUUCGGCAGCCUUAUAUAAGAGUUGUUGGACUGGAAGACACAAAUGAGGCCAGUUCACGUGGUCCUGCCAACUUCACUCCCGACGAAGAGGAAGAAUUCAAAAAAUUUGCUGAUAGUAAAGAUGUGUACGAGAACAUUUGCACCAAGAUCGCGCCUUCUAUAUUUGGUCAUGAGGACGUGAAGAAAGCAGUGGCGUGUCUUCUUUUUGGAGGAUCAAGGAAGAGCCUACCAGAUGGAGUCAAACUAAGAGGUGAUAUUAAUGUUUUGCUUCUGGGAGACCCAUCCACUGCUAAAUCACAGUUUCUUAAAUUUGUGGAGAAGACGGCUCCUAUUGCUGUUUAUACAUCUGGAAAGGGUUCAUCCGCUGCUGGGCUCACGGCUUCUGUGAUUCGAGAUAGCAGCACUCGCGAGUUCUAUCUUGAAGGCGGUGCUAUGGUUUUGGCUGAUGGAGGUGUUGUGUGUAUCGAUGAAUUUGACAAGAUGAGACCGGAAGAUAGGGUUGCUAUUCAUGAAGCAAUGGAGCAGCAGACCAUCUCCAUUGCAAAAGCAGGAAUAACAACUGUCCUGAAUUCUAGAACCUCGGUGCUUGCUGCUGCUAACCCGCCCUCUGGUCGAUAUGAUGACCUUAAGACUGCACAGGACAAUAUUGAUUUGCAGACGACAAUUCUUUCUAGAUUUGAUCUUAUCUUCAUUGUCAAGGACAUCAGGAAGUAUUCUCAAGACAAGGAAAUAGCCAGCCAUAUUAUAAGGGUUCAUGCAUCUGCAGACAAAGUUACGGAUGAUAACACAGAUUCUAAAGAAGAUAAUUGGCUUAAGAGGUAUAUACAAUACUGUCGAGCAAGGUGUCAUCCCCGUCUCUCAGAACCAGCAGCUAUGAAGCUGCAGCAGCAAUAUGUCAAGAUCAGAGAGGAUAUGAAAAGACGUGCACAUGAAACAGGAGAGGCUGCCCCAAUACCUAUUACUGUGAGACAACUCGAAGCUAUUGUCAGGCUGAGCGAGUCACUUGCCAAAAUGAGACUGUCACACGAGGCUACAGCAGACGAUGUAGGCAAAGCUUUUAAACUUUUUGAUACGUCAACCAUGGAUGCCGCAAGAUCAGGGAUAAAUCAACAGAUAAACAUAACGAGCGAGAUGGCCAACGAGAUUAAGCAAGCAGAAACACAGAUAAAGAGAAGAAUGGGGAUCGGAGCUAGGUUAUCAGAGAGAAGACUGAUAGAGGAUCUGGCUAGAAUGGGAAUGAACGAUUCAAUGGUGAGGAGGGCCCUCUUGAUAAUGCAUCAGAGAGGUGAGGUUGAGUACCAGCGAGAAAGACGUUCCAUUGUCCGCAAAGCUUAA